AAGACCGGAUGGAGCAGCAGGGAGUGGACAUGCCCCACGUAGAGUGCAAGGACCGGGAGCCACUGCCGUUGGGGGAGAGCAAGGAGCAUCAGGAGUUCAAGGAGAGCCGUGAGGAGGAGGCUGGUGGAGGCCCUGCUAGAAGUCAGGCUUCUAGCCCUUGUGUUGCCACCUCUGGUUCCAGUCGCCAAGUGAUGGUGCUGGAAGGGAAGUUAGGCUCCUACUUCUCCUCCCUGGACUCCAGCAUUGAAAUCCUGAAGAAGAGAGCCCAGGAACUGAUUGAAAACAUCAAUGAGAGCAGGCAGAAGGACCAUGCACUCAUGACCAACUUCAGGGACAGCCUCAAGAUCAAGGUUUCGGAUCUGACAGAGAAGUUAGAGGAGAGGAUGUAUCACAUUUAUAAUCACCACAACAAGAUCAUCCAGGAUAAGCUGCAAGAGUUCACCCAGAAAAUGGCAAAGAUCACCCAUUUGGAAACAGAACUCAAACAAGUCUGCCACACUGUGGAGACUGUGUACAAAGACCUGUGCGUCCAGCCUGAGGCCACUACUUCAGAAGAACAGACCCACAGAGAUAGUGAAUGCUGACAGAUGCCGGGAGACUCGCGCCUUAGUGAUAAUCACCAAGAGAAGGCUCAGAGGCCACUGUUUGGGCGAUGCUGAGAAAAAGCAUGUUUUUCAUAGUUCUGUAAUGCAUCUUGGCAAAAAAAGAAAAAAAAAAACAACUCCCAAACUUGGUACCGGAUCACAAAAAUGUAGUAAGUCUAUCCCCUGCAGAGGCCCAGCCUCCUCACACCUGCUAAAUUCAUCUACACACACACACACACACACACACAUACACACACAGUUGAUUAAACAUUUGAUUUUCAACCCAGCCAACCUCCCUUUCCACUGAGGCUGAGAGCUCAUUAGCUGUGUGGAAACAUGGUAGAUCUUUUCUUACCCACAGAAGGGACAGGAAAGAAAACACCUCAUAAAAACAAUCACUUGUCAUGUGACCUCCCCACCUGAAGCCACCCAUCACAAAGUUUCCCAUAACUCCCUGCUUCAUAUCUGGAUAUUUGCUUUUUCCCAGCUUCCAGGGACAGAAGGCAGAAAUAAUGCCUUCCUUUCUUUUUUUUUUUUUAUUGAGACAGUCUCACUUUGUCACCCUGAGUAGAGUACUGUGACAUUACAGGUCACAGCAACCUCCAACUCUUGGGCUCAAGCAAUUCUUUUGCUUCAGCCUCCCUAAGUAGCUGGGCCUAUAGGCGCCCGCCAUAAUGCCCAGCUAUUUUUUUUCAUUUAGUAGGCCCAGGCUGGGUUCAAACCCACCAGCCCCAGAACAUGUGGCUGGCGCCCUAACCAGUGAGCUACGAGUGUGCCCCCCACCCCCACUUUGUCACCCUGGGUAGAGUGUUGUAGCAUCAUAGCUCAUAGCAACCUCUAACUCUUGGGCUCAAGCAAUCCUCUUAUCUCAGCCUCCCAGGUAGCUGAGACUACCGGCAUCUACCACAACACCCAGCUAGUUUAUUUUUUUAGAAACAGGGUCUGGCUCUUGAACUCCUGAACUCAAACAAUCUACCCGCCUCAGCCUCCCAGAAUACUAGGAUUACAGGCAUGAACCAUUGCACCUGGCCUAUGCCUCCCUUUCACAGAGGCAGAUACUUCUUUUUAUUUCCAAAAGCACAGAUCUAACCCAUCCCCUCUCUAUUUGUCCUAAGGGUCAAUCCCAUGGCUGUAGGAUCCUUCCAUUCCCAGCCAUUUCCCAUAAAUGCUGUCUUCUCUGUCUGGAAACUUCUUUGCCCAGGGA